CUUGCUAUAAAUAGGCCAAGCAUACCAUAAGUUUGCAAACGAACAGAGAAACUUACAUUAAAGCCAAGGCUACAUAUACAGCUAAAGAUACACACUCUUUCUCCUGAGCCGUCAGAUCAGAAUCUGAUCAUGGACAAGAUCCUUUUCCGUGACCUUAGGGUUCAACCAACAAUCCACGAGAUCGACAACGAUCCGGACUGCCGCGAGAUCGAGAAGGCAUUAGUCCGUCUUGGCUGUGCAAACGCUGUUCCUGCUGUUUUCGUAAGUGGUAAGCUGGUUGGUUCAACCAACGAAGUCAUGUCGCUUCACCUAAGUGGCUCUCUCGUUCCCUUGAUCAAGCCGUAUCAGUCAUUUCAUAACUAGAAAAUUAAUCGAUCCUUCAAAAAAAAAGAAAGAUUGUUGGUAUGUUAAUUAGAUAGUAAAAUAUAAUAAUUGAAAGAUCACACGUAAAUGUGUAUCAUGUUCUUAUAUACUAUGUAACUGAUGAUUGUAUUUUGUUUAGCUCACGCGCGCCCAAGAAAUUAAUUAGCUAGCUUUGUAUUUCCAGCUUAAUUAAUCAGUGGAUGUACUGAUGUGUUAUCUAUUCUAAUGGAGAAAAAUUAUUUAUCGUAUGCGUUAUAUUGCCUUUCGUUUUAACUGUUGCCUACCGUAAAUACUAUUGUCACAUUCUCU